AUGUAAGUCUUCAAAGAUCAAUCCGAUUGGAGACAUGAUGUCUUCGGUUCCAACUCACCUCUCUGUCAAACCAAGUCAGCUCAUCCCUUUGCCCGUAAGUCCAUCCACCCAGAACAGAGCAAAUCUAGUGACGGCAAAAUCCGGCAUGGACUGCGAGCAUUGCUACAAGAGUUCUGCACCGCUACGACGAUCCACGGCUUGCGUAACAUCGAGUCGGGCAGGUCUCUGCUGGAACGGCUCUGGUGGCUCGUCGUGGUUGUCCUGUCCGUGUGCUGCUGUGCCCUGUUGAUCCAGAAGGUGUACCACAAGUGGGACAGCAACCCAGUGAUUGUCAGCUUGGACGACACGCCGACCAAGAUUUGGGACAUACCGUUUCCCGCGAUCACCGUUUGUCCGGAAGCGAAGAUCAAUUCGUUGGUGUUGAACUUUACGGACGAUUUCAACACGUACUUUCACAGCAAAGGGUAUGAUGAGUUUCAGAGAGAUCAACUUAUGGCAGCAUUACAAAUUUGUGAUGAUUACUUUUAUGUGGUAAGACAAUAUCAACAAAAAUUCACCAAUAGAUCAUCGAACGUCGUGUCCGUACUAAGAAACUUAUCAGUCAAUGGGAAAUCAACCGUGAUUUGGUGUAAGAAAGGUCGAGAACUUUGUAAAAAGUAUUUCUAUCAAACCCUCACAGAAGAAGGAAUCUGCUUCACGUUCAACGGAUUCUCCCAACGGGACAUGUUCAACAAAGGUGUCUUACACGGCGAGUACAAAUACCUGACGGAAACCAAGAGAGCCGUCAAUUGGUCUCUGGAAAGUGGUUACGCUGCUGAAACACCGUUUCAAACACAUCCCUUCAGAGCGUCUGGGUACGCUCUACGACUCAAACUUAACCUAGUUAGCUACAAACGGGACAUCGAGGCUCACUGUUCGGAAGAGCAGGGAUUCAGGGUUGUCCUUCACUCUCCGGAUGAAUACCCGCUACCAUAUGCGAAGCACCUGCUGCUGUCCCUAGAACGUCACAUCAACAUAGCUAUUCGACCGCAGAUCAUGACCACCGCGAAAGAACUGGUCAACUAUGCCCCAGUACGACGUCAGUGCUACUUCAACCAUGAACGUCGACUCAAGUUCUUUCGCGUGUAUAAUCAGAACAACUGCGAGCUGGAAUGUCUCACGAAUUACACGCUGUCCAAGUGUGGUUGCGUCAAGUUUUCGAUGCCAAGAUCGGCGGAAACUCGAGUAUGCAGUACUGAUGCUCGCUACAGCAUUCUUGAGAUGAUGUCCCAAAACAGUGUGACUAACAAUGUACUCUUGUCGGCUUGCAGCUGUAUGCCCGCCUGUAACUCUAUUGAGUACUUGACGGAAAUAACUCAUUCGAGCUACGAUCACAUUCAGUCUGCAAACAGCAGAUUGCUGCCGAUGACGUUAGGUCUGAGCAUGCAGAAGGUCAUGGAAAGCUAUAAGUCGUCCAAGGUCAGCAUCUACUUCAAGGGUGCCGAGUUUGUGUCCUCGCGCCGUGGCGAGCUGUUUGGCGUGGCGGAUUUUGUGGCAAACUGUGGCGGCAUCUUGGGACUCUGCCUGGGCGUUAGCUUUGUCAGCCUGGUCGAACUGCUGUACUACUGCGUGGCCCGGCCGCUGAUGGUGGUGAGGUCUUCGGCGGAACAAUGGAUCCUCAUGGUGCAGGAGCGUGAGACGGAGCGGUAUUGA